GCCGGGGCGGCGGCCAGGGAGAGCCUGGAGCUGAAGGACAUCUUCAUUGCGGUGAAGACCACGAGGAAGUACCACAGGAGCCGGCUGGACUUGCUCCUCCAAACCUGGAUCUCCCAGGCGAGGGGACAGACGUUUAUAUUCACAGACUGGGAGGAUCGGGAGCUACGCCUGAAAGCAGGGGAUCAUAUGAUCAACACCAACUGUUCUGCUGUCCAUACCCGGCAAGCUCUCUGCUGCAAGAUGUCUGUGGAAUAUGAUAAAUUCCUGGAAUCCGGGCAAAAAUGGUUUUGUCACGUGGACGAUGACAACUAUGUGAACCCUCGGACUCUCCUGCGUCUCUUAUCUGCCUUCUCACACAGCCAGGAUGUCUACGUGGGGCGACCGAGCCUGGACCAUCCCAUUGAAGCAGCUGACCAUGUCCAAAGUGAUGGAUCAAAGACAACCGUGAAAUUCUGGUUUGCCACAGGUGGAGCAGGGUUCUGUAUCAGCAGAGGUCUUGCCCUGAAGAUGAGUCCCUGGGCCAGCCUAGGUAAUUUCAUCAGUACUGCAGAAAGAGUACGUCUUCCUGACGACUGCACUAUUGGCUACAUCAUCGAAGGGCUGCUGGAGGUAAAGCUGCUGCACAGCCCGUUGUUCCAUUCCCAUCUGGAAAAUCUGCAGAGACUACAAGGCGAGUCUGUGCUGCAGCAGGUAACCCUAAGUUACGGGGACCCUGAGAACAAACACAAUGUUGUGAGUGUGGGAGGAGUGUUUGGCCUUCAGCAAGAUCCAACCCGAUUUAAAUCUGUCCAUUGUCUGCUCUAUCCUGACACUAUUUGGUGCCCUGCUAAGAAGAUGUCAUAAUUCUUGACCAGUCGUUGACACCUGUAUCUUACCUAGUUUGCAUAAGACAGGAGUUAUGGUGGACUUUUUUGGGUUGUGUUGGGGUUUUUUUUUUUCUUCUUCUGGGAGACAACCAGAGGUAUCUACAAAGGAGGUAGACAGACUCUACUUACAAAACCAAGAAGCUGUGGUUUGUUCAGCUGCAGCCUGGGACAUUCCAAGAAGAAUCCUUGUUCUUUUGUCCAGUGGCUCUUCGUAUGAUGACUACAGUCAUACGUGUACGAGUCACUUGACGCUUUCAUCUGAUGUCACGUGAAUCUGUGCUUGGACACAUCCUAGGCAAAUGCAGUACUUGGAAUGAUAGCAUUCUUACUACUGUUAGGGGCUUUUAGAGGCCAUUGUCUUGAAGCUGGAGUGCUAUAGCAGACUGUAGUCCCCAUGGUGACAAGAGAGGGGAAGCUUUCACUCGUCUUUCUUGGGAACAGAAUUAUUUAAGAGCUUCUGUGGCCUGCCAUAUUAAAACUCCACCUGUGGGCCGGAACAGGGUCUGUUCGUAAACACCAGUAAUCCUGGAAUCACUAGGGUGAACAAAGCUGAAAGCCUUUGUCAUGGGAAAACCCCGUGUAAGGGUAAGCUUACUCAGGACUGGAUAAGAGUUGCUUACAGUGCACAUUCUCCCCUGUAGUCCAUGUGUACCUCCCAUGGAGGUGAUUGUCAGACUUGGCUCUCUUACCAGCUGAAUUGCAGUCAUUGUUGAUUAUGAUGGUGGUCUGCCAGGUCCAAGACUAUUCCCUUGAUAUUUGAUACUGAAGAAAUAUUUGCCAGACUAGAUGGUAAUCGCUUCUCCUGCUUUGCCCGCAGCAGGUUGUGUGAGCUAGAGCAUGCUCAUUGGCUGAUGAAACAUGCCCUGUUUCUGAAGCUGUGCUGUAUCUUUUGCUGUCUGCGAGGGAGGAGGAAUGCUAGAUAGCUGUAAUGCCCUGAGGAAGUUUUUGAUGGUAUCAUUUGAGGACCUUUAACUGUAUGACUGUGGUUACUCCACUUCAGCUUCUUCAGAUAAUCUUUUCAUUACCUUAAGGUCUAGAUCAGUGUUUAUUUUUACUCUGCUUCUUAAUGUUUCAGUAAAUAGUUCAUGCAGUCACUAAAAGGAGGCUGCGCACUCACACAAAGGUAGAAAUUCAAUGCUGUAGCAGUAUCACCUGCUGCUGUUUCUUUAAAUAAAGUAAGCUUAGUUUUGAAAGCAGAAGAAAUGGGGCUCCAUAUGUUUACUUUUCUGUUAGCCCCAACUUUGGCCAUGUGCAAUCCCUACCCGACGUGAAGAACAGCAUAAAAAAUGACUUUGCAAAACCACUGUUUACUCUCACAAACUCUUCAGAAAAUAUUUGCUGGUUCAGUGCUAGAGUCUGAGGCUGAAUUAAGGGGAGAAUAAUAGAAUGGCAUUGUAUAACCUGGAAUUAUGGUUAAUGGCUAGAAUGUGGACCUGGGAAAAGUUUCAGAUUUCUAAACAGCUGUGCUGAGCCCUACUGUGGACUUCAGCUAGUUGCUUAACUUCCUGCCAUUUGAAAAGUGGUAUAAUGUAGGCAAAUGCCUGCGGUGAAUUCAAGUAUGAAACUUAGCAGAGGUGCCAGCCUCCUGAAAUACACUGUUCCCUGCACUCUAUUUUUUUAACACAAACUUUUCAGCAUUUACCUGGGUGCAUUUUCCUCUCUGGAUGAUUUUAGUUAAUUCCACUGAGGAGCAAACAAGCUGACUGCCACUUGCUGCAGUCCUGCAGCUCAUUGUUAAAUUUCUCCUUUCCUUCAUGUCUACUAAGGUGACCAUGAGGUAUGGGAGUAAGAAUGCCACAGGGAAUCGGAUCCAAGUCCAGCUAGCACAGUGGCUGUUCCAUAACAGGUACACCUGUAACACUGACAGCCCGUUACAGAAAACAGAGGAGGACUUGUGGAAGGUUGUGAUAUGUUCUACCUCUUUAUUAGGUCUUCUGCUCACUAGAACUGAGGCAUCCUAUGGUUUAAUGAUUUGUCAUUAAUAGCUCUGGAGAUUCCUGGUAUCUAUACAAAUACUUUUUUUUUUUUUUAAACGCUUGUUAGGUUCUUGUUUUCAACCUCCUGUAGCUGAAAGCUGUGAAACUUCAUGAGCUCUUGAUGAGAUUUUGUCUUCAAACACUGAUUCUGAACUCUUCUGUUGGAGCUUUUCUUCCUCUUCCACUGGUAGCAGCCUCUUGUAAGAUAUCACAGACAGCGUGGACUGGCUAGUGAUUAUGUGGCAAAGUGCAGGUCAGAAAUGACACCACUUCAUAUGGAUGGCUGCAAAACUGAGUAGUAGAAGUUUCACACUAGUCACUGGUCACCCUGAACUAGGUGUGCCAAAGAGGCGGCAUACUCUAAGCUGGUAGGGUGUUUUAUUAAACUGAAAAAGGACCACGUUCUCCUGCAUGGCAGCAAUACAGAACUGUUUAAUGUGUUCAAGUUUCUUUUAAGGUUUCUUGUGUUGACAAUACAGUAGGCUGUGUGGAUAUAUCGGGAUGCAGCUUUUUAAUCAAACUACUGUCUCAUACAUGAAGUGAUUCUACAAAAUAAAUAUUUAAA